UCACUCUAAAUUUCAUUCUUUUCUUCGCUUUUCUCUCUUGCCAAACAGAAUCCCACUUUUAUAUUCUUUAUUGAGUAGUGAAAUUUUUGUUCCUUUUUGUUUCCAAGAAGCAAGAACCUGUUGUUUUUCCUUUUCAGUAGCCAAAACAGAGGAUGUUGCAAAGCAAACUGCAAAGAACGAACAAGAAAAUCCAUUGAGUCAGCUCCAUUUUCAAUAUUUCUUUUCCUUUCCCUUCGUCAACAAUCCAACCUCCUUUUUUCUUCAUUGGGAUUAAAAUCUUGCUCCUUUCUACUCCCAAAGAACCUGGUUUCUUUCAAUGGCUAAGACAGAGUCUGCAGCAGUAGGGGAAGAAACAGAGUUAAAGAAAGAACUGCAAAGGGUGGUGAAGACGAUUCUUGAAGAAGAUGAUAUCGGAUUGAAGACAAUUGAAGCUACAAGAAUCUUGUCUAAUUUAGCAGAAUUGAAGCUGAAAAAACCUGUUGGAAUUCGACUAGACGAUACGAUUUUUCCUGAGAAAUUCAAGUGUCCUCUUUCAGGUGAAAUAAUGGGUGAUCCUGUUGUCUUGAGUUCUGGCCAGACUUAUGAUAGGCCAAACAUCCAGAAGUGGUUAAAUGAAGGUAACCUAACAUGCCCUCUGUCCAAACAAGUCCUUUCCCACACUAUCCUUAUCCCUAACUGUUUGGUGCGAGAAUUGAUUUUACACUGGAGCAAAGAACGUGGCAUUGCACUGCCGAAGUCCUAUCAGGAUGUUGAUGGAGAUAUGAAUGCUGAGGUAGACCGCAUUUAUUUGAACUCAUUGCUUGAAAAGAUGUCUUCUUCCCUUUCUGAUCAGAAGGAAGCUGCUAAAGAGCUUCGGAGACUAACAAAGACAGCACCAUCAUAUCGGGCUGUUUUUUGCGAGUUUACUGAUGCCAUCUCUAGAUUGCUCAGUCCACUGUCACAAAGCAAGGUUGAGUCAGAUCCUGGUCUCCAGGAGGAUUUGAUCACAACAGUUUUGAACCUUUCAAUUCAUGGCAACAAUAAGAAACUAAUAGCAGAAAAUCCUGUUGUCAUCCCUCUGCUUAUUGAAUCUAUGAAGUUUGGAACCAUUGAAACAAGAAGAAAUGCUGCAGCUGCUCUAUUCUCAUUAUCUGCGCUCGACUCAAACAAGUUCAUCAUUGGAAAUUCUGGUGCUCUUGUGCCUCUACUUGAACUCUUACGUGAAGGGCAUCCAUUGGCAUUGAUGGAUGCUGCCUCAGCAAUAUUCAACCUAUGUUUUGUAUCUGAGAAUAAGGCAAAGUUUAUUGAAAUAGGGAUAGUGAAGGUAAUGUUGCAGAAGAUUAAGGAUGGCAUAUUUGUUGAUGAGUUGUUGGGCAUUCUUGCCCUUCUAUCUACACAUCAUGACGCUGUUGAUGAACUUGGGGAUUUUGGUACAUUGCGUUGGUUGUUUCAGAUCAUAAGAGACAGCCAUUCUGAACGUACUAGAGAAAAUUGUGUCUCAAUCCUAUACAAUGUGUGUUCAAAAGAUCUGAAUAUGCUGAUGGUGAUCAGGGCAGAAGAAAUUAAAAAGUGUACUUUAGCUGAACUUGCAGACACAGGGACAACAAGGGCUAGAAGGAAGGCCAGUGGCAUCAUUGAGAAAAUACAUAAAGCUUUUCCAACAACACAGAGUUUGAGGAAAUAAAGGAAAUCAUUUUUGUACAUGCUCUGUUUCUCUUCGGACAUAAUAUGCACCAAUUCAAGCACAGUUACUUGUGUAAAAAGUUGACUUGUCUAUACAAGUUCUCAUAUACUCAUAUCAUGCAAGUUUUGGUCCAAAGGAGGCCUAUAGAUGAGCAAAAGUUAUUGAAAAGUUUAUUAUUCA